AUGUCGUCCAGACUCACACCCUCUCAACCGCUCUCCAAACCCAUUCUGCUCGGCUCUUCCGACACUUUGAAGAUUACUCUCACAACGCAAGAAGGAAAAAGUGCCAAAAGACCACACCAGGCGUUUCUGCUGCUGCAAGACCAAGAUGGCAAACUCGACGUUUCAUAUCCUUUCAGUGUAAAGGAGUCUGGGAAAGCGAAGGUUGAUUUGACACAAAAGGAUCUCCCCGUACAAUUCCUCACUUCAUCAAACGAUACGUCGGGCCUCAGCGCAUCCAUUGUCAUCGCCUCGUUCAGCACCACUCCCGGCUACAAUUCCCCAGCCUUCACACUCCAAGUCAAGACAGACCCAAACACUCCCGCACCACCAGCAGAGAGACCGCUCCGAUACGGAAAGCUUCCAGAAAUCCACCACGUUUUCCGUUCUGACCCUAGGUCUCCGCCCAAGAUCAUCAGUCUGGUGUUUUUGGCCGCUGUGGUGGGAACACUGCCGUUGUUGGCGGGUGCUUGGCUUGCCCUAGGAUUAAAUCUAUCUUCCUUACCCAAAGCAUUCUCCGCCUCCCCGCUCUCGCACGCCUGCUUCCUGUCUUCGCUUGUCGGGAUCGAGGUCGUCUUCUUCCUAUACUACACGACCUGGAACCUAUUCCAAACACUCCCCGUCCUGAGCGUGCUGGGCGUCACGGCGUUUUUGAGCGGCAGUCGCGCUCUGACAGAGGUCCAGGAGCGGCGAUUGGCUGGGACAAGAUAA